CAGAGCGCGCGGAGCAGCGCCACAGCCUAAACCCCGAGCUCACAUUCACUCCUCUCACUGGAGACUAAAAGACGACAAUUAAAAAAAAAUAAAAUAAAAUAAAAGCCUCGUUUUCAUCACUCUUCUGUUUCAUUCUGCUGCCUCCAACUUCAACUUGUUUCCAGAAUAACUCAGGAGGAGGCUGAACUCACCAUCAUCCCGGGACUGUGAGCUCCCACCUUUUCCGUCGGAAUAACUGCUUUCCUUUGCGUGGCAGCGGUGUGACACCCGAGAAAGAGCCCACUGGACCCAGCUGGACCCGUGGAGGACACGGAGGGUUCACACGGAGCCCGCUGCGAAGUUUCCCUGCGUGGUUUUAAUGAGGCGGACCGUAGAGGCUCCGACCGCCGCUCUGCACGCGCUGCUGGCUGCAAGCCUUUACUGAUGGACUGAGGACGAUGUUUGGACUAAAUUUGCUCUUUUUUCACCAGUUUCAGUAGAUAUCUCCGACCGCAAUGCAGCGCUGUAUCAUUCUCAUCGGCUUGUUUCUCACUGCAGCCCUAUCUCAAGACAUCCAUCCCUCACAGGCAUCAUCCUCCAUUAGCGAAUCCUGUGAGUCCCUGUGCUCCUGCGAGGCAAAAGAUGGCGUCCUUCAUAUGAACUGCGAGCAGAGGAACAUCAGCAAAAUCUCCCAAAUCAAAAUCCCGUCAGGUGUCCCCUUCCACCUGAACCUUUACAAAAAUGACUUGGUUGAACUCGGCGCUGAGGAAAUGGAGGGGCUUAAGAGCGCCCUUUCACUGCACAUCGGUGGUAAUAGCAUACAAGAGCUGGAGCCAGGGGUCUUCAGCACUCUUGGUUCACUGAAAAAACUCCACAUAAAUAGCAAUUUCCUUGUCACUCUGAAGGAAGACACUUUCCAAGGCCUGGUGAAUUUAGAGUUCCUCCAAGCUGACACGAAUUUCAUCCGGGCCAUCGAACCCGGGGCUUUCAACAAGCUGAUCCGCCUCAAGGUCCUCAUCCUCAACGACAAUUCCAUCGAGUUUUUACCCAGCAACAUCUUCCGCUUCGUUCCCCUCACGCACCUGGACCUGCGCGGCAACAAGCUCCAGACGCUGCCCUUCGUGGGCUUUUUGGAGCACAUCGGGCGGAUCAUGGAACUUCUCCUGGAGGACAACGACUGGCUCUGUGACUGCGACAUCCUGCAUCUGAAGAUCUGGAUGGAGAACAUGAGGGCCCAGUCGGCCAUCGGGGACGUGGUCUGCAGCAGCCCGCAGCACCUCAAGGGGAUCAUCCUGGCCAAGGUGAAGCGGGACGUCCUGUGCCCGUCCCACGCAGACAUCAACCUGGAGGAGCCUCACAAGUCGCUGGACAUGGUCGUGACUCCUUCGUCCAAAGUGGCUCAGAUCCCCAAGCUGAUCGAUGCCAAAGACGACGCCAGGGUGCCCACUCCCUCCCACGUUCCCGGCAGCCCCUGCGUGGAGCAGUGCUCCUGCCACAAUCACCCCGUGGCCGGCUUUCUCAUGCACUGUCAAGACCGAGGAAUCCAGAAGGUAUCGGACAUCGGAAUAGUUCAGCAAAGCCCAACUAAACUGGUCAUGACAGGAAACAUGAUCCAGAAACUUUUGAAAUAUGAUUUUGUCACCUAUGAUAGUUUGGAACUGCUCAACUUGGCAAACAACCGCAUUGAUUUCAUUGAUAACGAGACUUUCCUCAGCUUGAGCAGUUUGAAGAAACUGUACUUGAAUGGCAACAGAAUAGAGAAGCUGUUCUCCACGAUGUUUGUGGGGCUGCAUAACCUUGAGUAUCUGUAUCUGGAGUACAACCUUAUCAAAGAGAUUGCUCCCGGCACAUUUAAUCCCCUGCCAAACCUGAAGCUGUUGUCAUUAAAUAAUAACCUGCUCAGCUCCCUCCCAGCUCAGAUAUUUCGCAACGUGCCCCUGGCCAAAUUAAACCUGAGAAAAAACCUGCUAAUGCACCUGCCAGUGAGCAACGUGCUGGAUCAACUGGACUCGUUAGAGCAGAUUUAUUUAGAGGACAACCCCUGGGACUGCAGCUGCGACCUCCUCAGCCUCAAACAGUGGCUGGAAAAACUCAGAAAAGACACCGUGGUGGGCUCCGUUCUGUGUCACACCCCGAAGAAAGUGAUGCAGACGGAUCUGAGGAGCCUCCAUCACGAGAUGCUUUGUCCGGGUCUGGGGACGUACCACCCGGGGCCCCCGGGUGAGGAGGACGGCGUCACCGCCACGCUGGGGCCCUACAGCGACGGCAAGAGUCUGUUCAUCUCGCUCACCGACACCAUCCCGCUCUCCGUGCUCAUCUUAAGCCUCCUCAUCUUCAUCCUCAUGAUCAUAUUCUGCUCCGCUGGGCUGGUUGUGUUCGUGGUGCACCGGCGGCGGCGGAGGGCCAAGAAAAAAGCCGUGGAGGAGCAGCCGCGGGAGAACACCAGCAGCAGUUCCCCCAUCCACCUACACUACAGUAUGUACGGGCAGAAAACCACGCACCACACUCUGACGCAGAGAACCGGAUCUGCAACUCUGUACGAGGACCGAUCCCACAGCCCCGUGGUGCAGAUCUGCCGCAACCCCACCUACUGCUCCCAGCACAAGGAGCGCGACGGCGAGCUGGACUACAGCCUGGAGGAGCCCAGCGGCAAGCACCACGCGUGCCGCAGCAUCAUGGAGAAGGAGAACACCUCCCCUCUGACGGGGAACCCCAGCUCCAAGUUCAGGGCCAUGGCCGGAGAGUGCCCCGCCGAGUUCGUCACCCUCGGCAACCCCAACGCCUUGUACAGAAACCUCCUGGAGAAGGAGAAGGAGCUGCAGCAGCUGGGGAUAACGGAGUACUUCAGGAAAAACAUGCCUCAGCUCCCGCCCGCCGUGGACAUGCAGGUCCCCGGGCACCAGGAGGAGCUCAAGCUAAUGGAGACAAUCAUGUACGCAAGACCACGCAAGGUCAUGCUUGAGCAAACUAAGAACGAGUACUUUGAGCUCAAAGCCAACCUGCACACUGAACCGGACUACUUGGAGGUUCUGGAGCACCAAACUCCGUUUAACUGAGCUCACGCAGAAAAGAGCUAUCAUGUUUGAACCAAGUGCCUUGUCCCGUUUGCCCUCCAGUACUUCCCACAGUGUGAUAUAUAUAUACAAACAUAUAUAAAUAUAUCAUGGGCACAUCUGUUUAAUUGUAGCACAGAAUGUAACUGGUUUGUUCCUCUGUUCAUCCGUCGACAGCCGUGCGAUGUAGCUGGUGGAAGGUGUCACUUUUCUGAAGGAGCCGCUGCAGUCUGUCGCGCGGCCCAGGGCUUAAGCCCACUGUGAAAUCCACUCAAUCAGCUUUUUACAUGUGAUUACAUUUCCACGGUGCUACAAGCAGCCAAGUGAAUUGAUCCAUAUAGCAUCACCCCCCCUCCCCCUCCCCCUCCCCCUUCCUCAUGGGAUAAAGCAGAUGUUUGGAAAGAAAGUGAGUGAAUUUCAAUCACCACUUGACCCAGAAUUCUGCUUAAUCAGUCUAUCCCCGAUUCUGGCCAUGACCCGAUUACAGCCCCCCCUGCCCCCCCCGUCACCCCCCAGGCAGCUUUUAAUGCCGGAACCAGACUGCUCUUAGUGCCGUAGAGUCAGCAAAUUGCCAAGUGUGCGUUGGAGAGCGGCGAUAGGAGCGCGGCCGAAGCCGCCGACCUCCUGUCAGAUGAUCCAUCCGGCACGCUGCCGAGCCGCAGCCAAAGGAGGGUUUAUUUAUUUUUAUAUACGAGGUGGCGAUAGUCACGGGGAGAGAUAGUCACAGUCAGAAAGCCGAGCACUUGGAGUACAGUAUAUACGCAACUGUAAUCUUGUAAAAAAAGAAAAAAAGCAUUGCACUAAUCAGAUGCCAUAAGAUGGUGCAUGACAAUCAACAGUCCUGCUGAAACUGAAACUCUUUAUUUGUAUUCCUGCCAGAGGAAACGAGCCACUAACAUCAUUUAGUGAGCUGUAUGUAUGUGUGCGAGAGUGUGUGUGUGUGUGUGAGACUCCAUUUGAUGCCAUUAUUUUACGUUGAACACACUGCAGCGUUCAGGAGCGUCGGCUCUCCGGAACGAGAUAUUUUAGCACAUGAAUGACGACUGACGAGGAUCCAAAAGUGGAGCUCGAGACUGACGACGGACACUCUCUCCGCUUGUGUUGGUCAAGCAGCGGGUGGUUGGCAGCUCACACUGGGAAUGUGGACAUUUAUACACAACACAAACUUGUUCAUCCUCCUGGAGACUCGGUACAGUCUGAAUCGGUUCAUGUCAGCACAGACUCUGUAGCUUUUCUACUUCAACAGAUUUAUUUAUUCUGUAUAUCUGUAUAUACUUCUGUUCUAUCUUUGGGUUUUGUGUGCCUUCAGUGCUGUACAGAAUAUAAAACAGGUUGUAACUGAAACAGGAAAUAAAGAAUUGCAAUACUA